AUGGGACCGAAAACACCUGUUAAAGUGGCACUUGUCGGCUCUGGGAAUUGGGGUACAGCAAUAUCGCUGAUUGUUGGAAAAAAUGCAACCAAAUAUGUGGAUGAUUUCUACCCAGAAGUACGCAUGUGGGUGUAUGAAGAACUGGUGAAUGGCAUAAAACUUACUGAAAUAAUCAAUAUUCAGCAUGAAAAUGUGAAAUAUUUGCCGGGAAGAAGGAUUCCACCAAAUGUGGUUGCUAUACCAGAUUUGGUGACAGCCUGUAAAGACAGCGAUAUACUGAUCUUCGUCAUCCCACAUCAGUUUGUGGAAAAUGUUUGUAAUCAGUUGAAAGGUCAUUUGAAAGAAGGCUGUCUUGUAGUUUCACUUAUAAAGGGUUUUAUGGUUCAGAAAAAGAAAGGUGGAAUUCGUUUGGUCACAGAGGAAAUUCGAGAUCUGUUGAAUGUUGAUACAGCUGUUUUAAUGGGUGCAAAUUUGGCCCAGGAAGUAGCGAACGAGGAUUUUUGUGAAGCCACUAUCGGUUGCAAAAAUGAAGGUAAUAGAUGGUCCAUUCUGCAAAAAUUGUUCGAUACUGACAAUUUUAAAGUUACUUUAACAGAAGAUGCAAGUACUGUUGAGUUAUGUGGAGGUCUCAAAAAUAUCGUGGCGUGUGCUGCUGGUUUUGCAGAUGGCCUUGGUUAUGGAAAUAAUACAAAGUCAGCUAUAAUUCGACUUGGAUUGAUGGAAAUUACAGUGUUUGUUGAACUAUUUUAUCAUGGCUCAAAUAUCCGAACUUUCUUUGAAAGUUGUGGAGUAGCUGAUUUGAUUGCAACAUGUAGCGCUGGUAGAAAUCGUAAAAUAUGUGAGGCAUUUGUUAAAACUGGAAAAUCUAUCAAACAGUUGGAACAAGAAAUGCUGAAUGGACAAAGUGCUCAAGGACCAAUGACUGCCGAAGAAAUUUAUCUUAUGUUAAAGAAACACAACAUGGUCACAAGGUACUUAUUUCUUCAAAUGACAGUAUCAUUUCCACUAUUCUCAGCAGUUCAUCAGAUAUGCCAACAGCAAAUUUCUCCGGAUUGCCUAAUCAGAUCUCUUCGUGAAUGUGACCCCUUAUAUUGA